ACGCGAUGAAUACGUUGGUGGUGAGUUGACUGCGAAAGGUAAAGCGUGGGAAGGGCUUCAUUGUCACGAGCAAACUGCAGCAUCAGGAGCGCCAGCAUUGAAGUUGUGGGUAGCUUUGCAUCAGGCAUCAGGACAUCGUACCGGUAGCAUAACACAACAAGUGAAAAAGGCUACUGGCAUCUGAAACCAUCAGUAGAUUCGACACCAUGAUGCCUGAUGUGGGCUCCGACCAUGGCUCUGACCAUGCCGCCAACGAUGCCUCCAACGACAACCCUCCUCAAAAUGACCUGAUGGAGUUGAGUCAGGCGGAACUGGAUCGAGCAACGGCGAUCAAGGAGGCAUUUCAGAACGAUGAACGCCUUGGAGGCAUACCAUCGGAUUUCAUGUGUGUUCAGUAUGCACUAUGCACAGCUGAUGAGACCCUGGAAUUCAUCUGCCAACGAGCAUUCCUCAUGCAAUGUUUCAUGGAAGAGUACCGGAUAGCAGACACCAUCGAAGAAGGAAUUGACCUAUUCCACCAAUACACAAUACAGCACCCCGGAAAUUUUCUUGCGGUAGAGUAUUUACCGGACCAGCAAAACUACUUUGUCAUCACAGAUGGAGCUGCUUUCUACCCCUCCACCAUCAAGACAGAUGAUCAGUGGAGAACAUGGAUUGGCUCUUGUUAUUAUUGGUGGCAAGCGACCUUCCCCGACUUCCAAGCCAUGCGAAUUGGUCACACACAAAUGUGGGAAUGUGAUGGAGCCUCCUUUGACAACUUUGAUGCCAACUUGGCGGAAAAGGCAAAGGAUCUCAUGCUGGCAUAUCCCAAGAGUCAAUGUGCCAUUUACUUUCUCAAUUCACCAACUGUUGUCAACAUCUUCUGGGCAUUGUGGAAGAGAGCCCUUCCUGAAAGAGAGCGAAAGACUUUUAUAUUGGGACAUUCAAUUCCAGGAUGGGAAGGUCAACGAAUUGAUUCACUGUACAAGCAGCCAACCGCAGAAGCAGCCCGUGAAAAAAUGGUUCUGAAUGUCUAUGACUUUUUGCAACUCCGAGCAAAGAAUGAACGGGAGUUUUCCUUAGACAAGGCAGCCAAGGCCUUGAACCAGGAGGACAAUGAGACGAUCGGAUGAUGUGGCGACGACAAGUUUGGGAUUGAGAGCUUGGUUUUCGUGGUAGACGAUGCUCGAUUUUUGAGCUGCCACACUCAGCGGUUCAAAUCUUGGUUCAUUUGGGGGCAUUGGUUGCUCCUGGGAAGCAGACAGAGAAUGUGGACUCCAAGCACUCUGUUGGCAAACUGCAUUUCAACUCGAAAUCCCAAUUGCAUCGAUUUGUCGGCAAUGCAGCACACUGGUGCAUUGAAACGGAGGGUGGAACGCUUAGUGAACGAGAGAGCGAUGGAUUGGUUCGGGAAGCAAAAUAAACAACAGCAAAAGCCUCUACCCGUCAUUUUCCAUGGGAAGAUGUGUUGCAAAUAUUGUUGCAAGACAGACCAGACCUGCUCGAUGGUCGCAAACAAUUGUUUCUCUGAGCUUUCACUUGCCAUGGAGGACCGGGGUUGGAGGAGGAUAUGAUCAGGAGGACGUCGAAUCGCCUCUAUUGGUUUGCACACAACUUAGAUGAUAUUUGAACGGACCAUCCUCGAACGGCAAUAGAAUCGUGUUGACCUUUUCAUCAGUUGCCGCGGACGGUCCGAUCCCGGCCUCUCUUCCAUGGUUUCUUCCCGCGCAAGCUAGGUAGAGGGUUGUGGCAAUGUGUAGUUACACUGUUACACUUGACCAAUCCAAGCAAUAUGAAGUCUGGAAGGAGUGACUAGAUUUCACACAUGACGCAGCGCCACUAACUAUCAGUAGUUGCUUGAUGCAACCUGCCCUGCAAUGCUCUUCAUCUUGGGGUGGGGAUCUCGCAGCAGCAGGGUUUUGGCCACAAAGCUCCUCUGGCAAUGCAUCAGCUAGCAAUUUGAUCUCUAGUGCUAGCUAGAGGUACAGUAGUAACACCAUCCUACCGGC